CGAGGAAACCGAAGGUCCAGAGGACCCGGAAUCUUCGGAGGAGGAAGGCGAUAGAUUCCAAGAAUUACAGAGCAUGUUCGCGCAAAAGGGCGCGAAGACGAAGGCGCGCCCUCGAUCGAAGUCCGCAGCAGCGAAAGGCAAGAAGAAAGCUAAUAUUGGGCCGAGCGGACAAACUUGGACACCGCUCGAGGAGCAGGUGUUGAAACUUAAGGAAGACAACCCGGGCACGCUCUUGAUGGUCGCUGUGGGAUACAAAUACAAGUUCUACGGGGAGGACGCGAAGAUUGCCAGUAAGGAACUCGGAAUUGCAUGUUUUCCACAGCGGAAUUUUUUGGUUGCCACUGCUCCAAUCUUCAGACGAGAGAUAUACGUAAAAAAGCUUCUCGCACAGGGAUACCGAGUAGGUAUCGUCGACCAGACGGAGACGGCCGCACUUAAGGCCGCUGGCGGCACCCGAAACUCGCUCUUUGCUCGAGGAUUAACGAAUCUUUACACCUCGACGACGUACGUUGAUGAACUUAACUCCUUGGAUGAUUCGGAGUCUGGGGGCAGCGCGGUGGCGUCCGGUCCGCUCAUGUGCCUCGUCGAGCAGCUAGCCGGAGGAAUGGGCAAAGACGACCGUGUACGCAUCGGGAUGAUAUGCAUUUCCCCGAGCACUGGCGAUGUUGUGUGGGACGAGUUCUACGGUGAGGGUUAUGUGAUUGCUUCAACCUCGUACUUAUAUGUACAUUCAGAUACGCAUAUGAGAAUCGAAGUUGAGACAAGACUCGUCCAUACCAAACCGUCGGAAAUCCUUCUUUCUGGCUCCAAGCUUUCCGAUCCAUCCGAAAAGACGCUGCUGCAGUUCGUUCGAGGACCAACAGGCGGAACUAAACCGCGAAUCGAGCGUUUUGAAGAGCCGAUGACCUAUACGGAUGCGUUCUCAUACGUGACGGAGUUCUUCUCUCGUGAUGAUCAUCAUCCAUCGACCUCCUCGCAGACUGCGAGGGAAAAUCGUCUCGUAGAAGCCAUCGCCGACUUUCCGCAUACAGUCAUCAUAGCGCUGGCUCGCGCGAUCAAGUAUCUCUCCGCGUUCGACGUAGCAGACGUCUUGAGAGAGAUCAACUUCUUCACCCGGUUCGCAGGGAGAGCGCAUAUGCUCUUGAACGGGAAGACCAUGACGAAUCUCGAAAUAUACCGCAACGAGACGACGUACGCUGUCAAGGGUUCCCUUCUCUGGGUUCUCGAUCAUACGAAAACGAAGUUCGGUAGUCGAUUGCUCCGAAGUUGGAUCGGGCGGCCGUUGAUGGACGAAACUAUUCUGAAGGAGCGAACUGACGCCAUAGAGGAAAUUCUGGGAUCUACCUCUGGAGGACUGGUCAUGCUCAAGGACCUAUUGAAAGGCUUGCCUGACCUAGCGAAAGGCCUCUGUCGGAUCCAAUACGGUAAAUGCACGCCUUCAGAGCUUGCGGCGCUUUUAGUUCACUUCAAUCGUGUCUCGACUACUUUCCGGCCGACAUCCGACCCAUCGGAGGUCGGCUUCAAGUCGUCGCUGCUGAACGAGAUCAUACAUUCCCUGCCAAAGCUGCAUAAGCCGAUGCAGCAAAUUCUUGGAUCUGUGUCGAUGGAUAUGCUGAAGAAAGCUAGGAAAGACCAGAUGUGGAUCGACAGCGACAAAUAUCCAGCUAUCGCCGAUAGACGGGCUGCCAUUGACAUGAUCGAAGGGGAGUUGGCGGACGAGCUCAAACGAGUCCAGAAACUCCUCAAACGACCCUCCCUACGUUGGUCCACUUGGAAUGGCGAAGAGUAUCUGGUAGAAAUACGGAAGGACGAGUCGCAACUUGUACCGCCCUCCUGGAAUGUGCUUAACACCACGAAGCUCCUCCGCCGGUAUCGCAUCCCUCUCGUCAAACAGAAGAUACAGGAACGGGCGCAGUAUCAAGAAGCACUCCAAGCGGAAGCGGAGAAAGCGUAUCUCGCAUUCCUCGCGGAGAUUGCGCGAGACCACUAUGCCGUCAUGCGCGAAGUGAUCAACAAGCUGGCAACAGCCGACUGCUUGUUAAGCCUGGCGCACGUGGCAUCACAAGAGGGGUAUGUCAAAGCCGAGUUUACUCAGGAGGACGUGCUGGAGAUAGAGGACGGGAGGCAUCCGAUAGUCGAAGCAUUGAGUACGAAUCCGUUUGUGCCUAACACGGUACGCCUGGGCGCUGGUAGUCCACGAAGCAAGGUCAUCACUGGGCCGAACAUGGGAGGAAAGUCGUCGUGCGUGAGGAUGACGGCCCUCAUUGCUCUCAUGGCGCAAAUUGGCUCUUGGGUGCCUGCAUCUCGAGUACGCAUGCGCAUGCUGGAUGGAAUAUUUACUCGGAUGGGUGCUGCCGAUGAUCUCGCUCGCGGUCGUAGUACCUUCAUGGUCGAAUUGAGCGAGACGCAGCAUGUCAUGCAGGCGGCUACAGAUCGUAGCCUCGUCAUACUCGAUGAACUCGGGCGUGGAACUUCGACUUACGAUGGGAUGGCGAUUGCAAGUGCGGUACUACAUCAUCUCCUCGAAAGUACCUCGUGCAAGACGCUGUUUAUUACUCAUUACCCCUUGGUGGCUAGAGAGUUGGAAAAAAAGUUCCCAACUGAAUUGGAGAAUCUCCAUAUGGGCUUUAUUGAAGACACUCGAUCUUUCGGCGUGGAGUGCGGCCGCCUAGCAGGCGUGCCAGAAUCGGUACUACAAGUGGCCGCGAAGCGGGCGGAGGAUAUGCGCGUCGAAUUGGACGCAAGGGCGAGAUUGUCAAGGUUUGCCUUCUUCCUUGGAGAACACGAACACAAUCUUACGUGCAGUAGAGCUCGGCAGGGUAUGAAACUAUUAGCGGAGUGCCUGCAACUAUCCUCAGGGUUAGACACACGUCUCCCAGAGCUACAGGAUCUAGCGAAGUCGCUGGAUUUAAACGACAAACACAUUUAA